GGGACUCGGGGCCGCGCGUGCGCGCAGCCUGCGCCUCGGUCCGGGUGGGUCUAAGAAUGAUGAUUGAUUCGCCGUGCGCACGCCAGCGCGUUCCUCUGGGGCAGGAGAGGGGGCCUGCGUGUGACCGAGCGUGCGUGGGAGGACGCGCGUGUGUGUCUGUGCGCCCUGAUCACGGUGGCCUGUGGGUGGGGCGGAUCGUGCGCGCGUGCCCGAUCUGUGCGCCCCAAGCCAGCAGCCUUGCCUUACUGGUACCAGUACCUGCCUGCUGCUACCAACCAGUCAACAUGUGGCAUCUUCCACGCCACUGUGAUGAGUCAGGGAUGAGCAUCUGACUCUGGUUGGUCCAAUCAGCUUGUCCAGGGACUUUGGCUGGGAAGAUUGGAAAGGAGGCCAGCUUUUUGGGCUGGGGUUGCUGAGAGACGUGAUGAUGAACUGUGUGGCCUACCUGGCAUCUGGCCCCAGCUUCAGCUCCGUUUACUGUCUUGCUCCCCACCCUCACUAGCCUGCAUUGAGGCCUCCUCUGUGCCCCACAACCCCUGAGUUUCUCAUCCCGAGAGAGCCCAGCAUACACAGAAUUGAAGGGUUUUCUCAUUCAUCUUCCUGUGCUCACCCUGAGGACUGGGCCUAUGUCAUCUGCUAACCACUGUCCCCCCAGCACUCACAGUGGAAAAUGGAGUGCUAUGCAGCCCUGCAGCUUGCCUUCUAGAACAGUUCACAGGCAAGGCCUCCCACACUGAACCCUGCUACAGCCAAAUGGUGCCAGCAACACAGUAGCUACUUGUUACAUCAGCUCAGACUAAGCCACAUCCACAGGAGCAUUUGGUGAUUCCACAGAACCACAAGAGACUUGACCUCCUGGAAACGAGUUAACCAAGAUUAAUGAAAAAGAUUAAGGUCAUGCGCCCUGUAAAAAUGUCCCUCACUGGAUGAACUGUGACAAGAUGUGAAGGGGACACUGCUGCUGACCGCCUGGUGACAGCUAGCCAGUGGUUGAGAGACCGCAAGAUGGUUCCUCGUCUUUCACUUCCCUCCGUCCCAGUCCAGUAAGGAUCCUGCUGUCUAUUCCGCGAAGACAUCUUGAAUGCAGGGACAGCCAUUUGGAAGACUGUCCUCGAGGGUGGCAGCAGCCUCUCAGCACGGGGAAAGCCAAGGUCCCCACCCAGCAGGAGGAGGUCCGAGGAUCUGCGCUACGCUGGCCCCGCGGAGUGUGGGGGACUUUUCCUCUCAACCACCAGUGCCCCGCAAGCGUGGGUGAACAGUCCUCACUGGCUACUGUGGGACGCUGGGCAGGCGACUUCGCCUCUCUGGGCCUCGGUUUUCCUGCUUGACAAAUGGGACUGAUGCCGGCGUUGGCUUCUUCGGGCGGUAGCGAGGGUUGACCCCUGGAGUCAGGGAGCCAGCCGCGCACGCCCUCCCGGGCGGAGGUAGGGGCUGGGGGGCGUCGCCUCCGGCCUGCGCGCCCCCGGCCCCGCCUCCCGCCGGCGCACCCCUCCCCCGGCCCCGCCCCUGGCCCGCUUCUUCCUCCCGCGGGCGGCCCAGCCCUAGCGCCCCGCGCUCCGCAGGCAGCCCCCUGCCGCCGCGCCAUGUCCGCCGGCUGGUUCCGGCGCCGCUUCCUGCCUGGGGAGCCGCUCCCCGCGCCGCGGCCGCCUGGGCCGCGUGCCAGCCCCGUGCCCUACCGACGGCCCCGCUUCCUGCGCGGCUCCAGCUCCAACCCCGGGGCGGCCGACGCCUCGCACCGCCCAGACUCCCGGCCAGUGCGCAGCCCCGCACGAGGACGCACGCUACCCUGGAAUGCAGGCUACGCCGAGAUUAUCAAUGCAGAGAAAUCUGAAUUCAAUGAGGAUCAAGCCGCCUGUGGGAAGCUGUGCAUCCGGAGAUGUGAGUUUGGGGCUGAAGAAGAGUGGCUGACCCUGUGCCCAGAGGAGUUCCUGACAGGCCAUUACUGGGCACUGUUCGAUGGGCACGGCGGUCCUGCAGCAGCCAUCUUGGCUGCCAACACCCUGCACUCCUGCUUGCGCCGGCAGCUGGAGGCCGUGGUAGAAGGCUUGGUGGCCACUCAGCCCCCCAUGCACCUCAAUGGCCGCUGCAUCUGCCCCAGUGACCCUCAGUUUGUGGAGGAAAAGGGCAUCAGGGCAGAAGACUUGGUGAUCGGGGCAUUGGAGAGUGCCUUUCAGGAAUGUGAUGAGGUGAUCGGGCGGGAGCUGGAGGCCUCAGGCCAGGUGGGCGGCUGCACAGCCCUGGUGGCUGUGUCCCUGCAGGGAAAGCUGUACGUGGCCAAUGCUGGGGAUAGCAGGGCCAUCUUGGUGCGGAGAGAUGAGAUACGGCCACUGAGCUUCGAGUUCACCCCAGAGACUGAGCGGCAGCGGAUCCAGCAGCUGGCCUUUGUCUACCCUGAGCUUCUGGCUGGCGAGUUCACCCGACUGGAGUUCCCUCGGCGGCUGAAGGGGGAUGACUUGGGACAGAAGGUUUUGUUCAGGGAUCACCACAUGAGUGGCUGGAGCUACAAACGUGUGGAGAAAUCGGAUCUCAAGUACCCACUGAUCCACGGACAGGGUAGGCAGGCUCGGUUACUAGGAACACUGGCUGUCUCCCGGGGCCUGGGAGACCAUCAGCUCAGAGUCCUGGACACAAACAUCCAGCUCAAGCCCUUCUUGCUCUCUGUCCCACAGGUGACUGUGCUGGAUGUGGACCAGCUGGAGCUACAGGAGGAUGAUGUGGUUGUCAUGGCAACUGAUGGACUCUGGGAUGUCCUGUCCAACGAGCAGGUGGCAUGGCUGGUGCGGAGCUUCCUCCCUGGGAACCAAAAGGACCCACACAGGUUCUCAAAGCUGGCCCAGAUGCUGAUACACAGCACACAGGGAAAGGAAGACAGUCUCACAGAGGAAGGGCAGGUGUCCUACGAUGACGUCUCUGUGUUCGUGAUUCCCUUGCACAGUCAGGGCCAAGAGAGCAGUGGCCACUGAGGAUUCAGACACUGUAUCCCAGAACUGCUCUAGUGCCCGGGUGUGGUCUGGGCAUCCCUCCAGUGUGACCAAGAGCAAAUCCUGCCUGCCCUAUCCCUAGCCACCGCCCAGUGCUCUCACUAUCCAUCUCAACACACAUCCAUCUCAAGAGGAACAUUUAUACCAGGCAGUCAGAGCUGGAAGUGUAUGGAGAGCCCAGCCCUCCAGGUCCUGCCUUUUGCGGUGAUAACGUUCUCUGGCAGAGUGACUUUACAGCUUAACUAGGAAACCCAUGUGAGGCUCCUCAGACAGGAUCUUCAACAGCCCAAAGUAUCAUUCUCAGAUAGGGGGACCCAGGCUAAGGGUAUUAGCCAAAGAUGCCAGGAUGGGCAGCUAGCCCAUGUUUAGAUCCAGGUCUCCAAUUCAUGGAUGUCAGGGCAUGAGUUCAACAACCCCCAAAGUCCACGCAGGGUGGCUUGUAGAAACCUUUGGGCAGCCUCAUGUCUGCUAAAACUGCCAUCUUCAAGACAGCCCCUGAAAAAAGACCAGUUCAGGUCCUGCCCUGCUGUUCUUUGCUGGAGAUGAGGAACAGGCGCUGGGGCUAAAGUUUGGGGCAGAGCACAAGGGACAAGAGGAACUCUUGGAGUUGGCUGGGUGAGAGGGCUCUCCAUUUGCUACCUGUAGUAGCCUGCCUCCUAACUAACGGUUGAUUCUCCCUAGUUCCAGCCCUGCCCUGGUCUGAUGCCCCAACACUGCCCUUGCUUUGUUUUCCCCGUCACCUCCCUAUUAUUAAAUGUUUUCUACAGAAGA